AUGAACUGUAAGGAAAAUACAUUUGCAUAUCCUAUGGAAAAUACAUUCACAUAUCCUAUAGAAAAUAUACUUACAUAUUCUAUGAAAAACUCAUUUACAAAUCACAUGGAGAAUUUAUUUACAAAUCAUAUGGGGAAUAUGUUCUCAUAUUAUAUAGACGAUACAUUUAUAAAUGCUACUAAAACUCUAGUUAUUGAUAAAGACAUUGAAGUGGAUAUAGGCACUGAAAUGGAUAAAAGUAUGGAAGUGGGUGAAGAUAUGAGAGUAGAUAAAAGUACAGAAGUAGACGAAGAUACAGAAGUGAAUAAUGGCAUCGAAGUGAGUUAA